AUGAGUGAUAAGGGUGAUCGUACUCUGACACUCUUGCACUUGCGGAAAACGUUCAGUGAAUAUAUGCGAAUACCUCUCUCAGGAUGUCGAGAUGUUGACCCAAACCGUUUAUUGCCAUUAUUUACAAAGGUCAUGGCCAUGUUCACGCCGGCCGAGUUGAAAGCAGAGUCCAAAAAAAUUCUGAACUUCACUACGUUUCUCUGCAGUGUUUUAGUAAGAGAAGUUAGACAGAGAGCGGCCAGUCAUGGUACCGUCGAAGCGGCAUCUAGCAUUGUUGAUUAUUUACAGCCGUCUUCUUCCCAAAGAGGAUGGCUUCUCCUAAAUUCUAUAUUUUUCUUGAUCUACUGA